CCACAAGGUUCCCGAAAGAUUCAAACCAAUCUGGAAAUAAUUAGGAAACAAAUAGAAUUUAGUAGGCCAGUUGAAAUAUGUUAAUUAAGCAUUCACCUCCUGGCGAGUCAGAUCAAAAUUAAAUUCCAUAGUAUUAUGAUUUGGGAUAUGUCCCCCAAUUUGUAGUCCCUUGAAGAGGCGGAAGACCAUGCCGGGCAAACCACUUGAACCUAAAAUACCCGCUUCUAAUCGAAAACAAUCAUUGAAUGUGCCAAUCGUAAUGAUCCAGCAGAAGCCAAAAUAAAAGGAUUUGGGAAAAAACUCUAAAAACGGAAAACACACUCCUGGCACUGUUGGGGUUUGGAAACGAACAAGACGAUCAGUUUCGAGAACGGAAUUUCAGUUCGGAUGAUAUCCUUAAUCUGGCCGUGACCGGCUGGUUUCGGCACUCUAUGAAUGGCAUGUCCCUGCGGCACUCCUACGAUCAAACCAUGAUGCCCCAAUACUCGCAGGAGCAACAGCAACAACAGAUGCUCCAGCAACACCAACACCAUGCGGAAUCUCUUUCUAUGACGUGUCCAUUGAGGCACCAACCAAAGCACUAUAAUUUGGCAUCUCCACCUAUGACAUGUCCUUUAAGGAAUCAACAGCAAAAACAUGAGGGUCAACAUAACGAGCAGCUGCACCAGAAACAUCAGCUACAACACAAUCAGAUGCAGCAGCAACUUCAGCUGCAACACAGUCAGUUACAGCAGCAAAAGCAACAGAAACAGCAGCAACCAAUGCAACAGCAGCACCAACAUCAACAGCAGCAGCCACCAAUCCAGCAACAACAAUAUUAUAAUAGCCAAUCUCAAAUGAAUCCGCAAUAUAACUCUCAUCCUUGGUAUUACAACUAUGGGAAUUAUGGAUACAACUAUUGGUAUAAUCCGCCCCAGCCGAUGAAUAAUAUGGGGGCUCUGCCAGCCAAUCCAGACCAAUACUAUCAACCAGGACAGGAUGGAUCGCAAAUUGCCAGCUAUUCCGGAUCUCAGGAUGUGGGGACAGGUCAGCCUAGAGCUGUUGAUCCCCAAUCCCCCAUGAAGUGUUUUAACCGCAUCGAUAGCUACACCAAUGUCCACGGCACUAAAGGACAACGCUAUCGUGGCUCCGAACAGGAUUUGGCAAAAUACCUGAAAGUUGCAUCGCGAACCCUGCCAUCAGACGCUCCAAAGGAGUGGUGCCAAAAUCAGAGUCACCCAGAACCCAAAAGGCACAAGAAAGUCUCUAGAAAGGUGGCCGAUUCAAGCCUGGGUGCCAUAUCAAGCAGUUUUCUGCAAAGAAUUGGACUAUUUAUGCGUUUUGGCAAAACUGGAAAACAAAAGAUAACAAAAUCUGACGACAUGACUAGCCAAGAAUCAAGUGUAAAUUCCGAGGGUAAACCGAAGAAAAAGGGAUUCUUUAAUCGAGUUUUCGGGGAUAUGCCGAAUCAUCCCACCAAGGGUAUCUAUUCGUUUUCAGAUCCCAAAAGCAAAUACCAACAAACGAAUCCGCCGAUUACACAAAACGAUUACGAUCAGGACGAAGUGCGUGAGUUGGAUAAUUUUCGAAAAAUGCGGGAGAAUCAGAUUUCCAAACAGCCGAAGAAACAUGUGGCCUACAAGGACGAGUGCCGCAUGCCUGGGGGAACAUAGACACAGAUUAUAGCAAAAUUCGAAAUCCAUACUUUUAGUUUCAUCAAUAAAGUCGGCAGAAAGCAAAGAAA